AUGGAGGUGUUGCGCGUCGCCGGUUCUCCGUGCCGCCCGAGGAGCGCGCGGUACGCGGAGACGGGGUACCCGAACUACGCGGAGGAGGAGCCCGACCUCCGCGGCCCCGCCACGCCGUCCCGUCCGCGGAGCGCGCGGGAUGCCGAGAACAAGGCGUGCCGCGACGACGCGGAGCCCGACGUCUGCGCCGUCUCCGCGGCGCCGUGCGGCCCAUGGAGCGCGCCGUGCACCGACAAGGCCGGGUACCCAAACUACGCAGGGCCGCCCGCCGCCUCCACGCCGGGCCGUCCGCGGAGCGCGCGGUACGCCGUGAAGGGGUACCCCGACUACGCGGAGCCCGACGUCGGCGCCAUCUCCGCGCCGCCGCGCAGCCCACGGAGCGCACCGUGCGCCGAGAAGGGGCAGCCUGACGACGCAGAGUCCGGCGCGCGCCGCGGGCACGAAGGAGGCGCUCCGGUGAAGAAGCCCGUGUUGUACUACGAAAGGAGGAGGCGUAGGGCUGCUGCCAGUGCGACGGAGACGGCGGUCACCACGGCUUCCCCGUUUCUCCAGGGCGGCGGGGAGGCACUGGCGCAGGACGGGAGGAAGAGGCGCACGACGGUCGCCGUACCCGUGGCCAUGGACAAGGAGGAGGUGGUCCCCGUGGAUGGCGGGGCCGAUGAGCAUGGCGGCGGUGAAGGUGGCGGCAAGAGCGCUAGGCUGCGUGUCAAGGAGACGCUGCGAACGUUCAGCAGUUACUACCUCCACUUUGUGCAGGAAGAGCAACAAAGAGAACAGGCUGCAAAGAAAGAACUGAAGGCGUCCAGGGCUCUCAAGCGUCAGGCUAACAACCAAGAUGAUGAGGGAUCAGAAGUCAAACGGCCAUCAAAGCGCCCUGAUUUGAAAACAUUAACAAAGAUGCAAGCGACUAAUGCAGCACUUUAUCAAGAGAAGAGGAUAGGGCACCUUCCUGGGGUUGAUAUUGGGGAUCAAUUCUACUCACGUGCUGAGAUGGUUGUGCUAGGCAUACAUGGCCAUUGGAUGAAGGGCAUAGAUUAUAUGGGUCCGAAAUAUCAAGAUAAGGCAGGGCAUCAGGGUUUAACUUUCCCUCUUGCCACCUCCAUUGUAAUGUCGGGUGUAUACGAAGAUGAUUUUGACAAAGCUGACGAAAUCAUUUACACUGGAGAAGGAGGGAACAAUUUGCUUGGCAACAGUCACCAGAAAACUAAUCAAACAUUGCUUCGUGGAAACUUGGCACUGAAGAAUAGCAAAGAUAAUGGCAACCCUAUACGGGUUAUUCGGGGCCAUAAAGAAAAGGACAGCUACACUGGAAAAGUUUACACCUAUGAUGGAUUAUACAAGGUAAUGGAUUGCUUGUCAGAGAAAGGAGUGCGUGGGCAUUUGGUUUUCAAAUUCAAAUUGAAGCGUCUUGAAGGUCAACCACCUUUGACAACUUCCCAGGUGCUAUUUAGCCGUGGAGAUGUUCACAUGCCAAUAUCUGAAUUACCUGGGUUGGUUUGUCGGGACAUCUCUUAUGGGCAGGAGAGCCUUCCAGUUCCUGCUACAAAUUUAAUUGAUAAUCCACCUGCUCCUCCAUCCGGCUUUGUCUACUCUAAGUCACUGCUCGUUCCAGAUUAUAUCAAGCUGCCAACUGACAGUAUUGGUUGUAAUUGCAAAGGAGAUUGUUCUACCUCUAAACACUGCUUGUGCGCUGACCUCAAUGGUUCUGAUCUACCUUAUGUGUCCAGACAAAGGAAAGUGAGUGCUAAGCAUGGUACACAUAAGAAUGUUGGAAGGUUAGUGGAGCCCAAAGCAGUUGUGUUUGAGUGUGGUGCUAAUUGUAGCUGCCACUGCAAAUGUGUAAACAGAACCUCCCAGCAAGGAUUGCAAUACCGCCUAGAGGUGUUCAAGACUGAACUAAAAGGUUGGGGAGUAAGGACGUGGGACACUAUUCUCCCUGGGGGACUCGUCUGUGAAUACACUGGGGUAUUGAGGAGGAAUGCGGAAGCUGAAGGUCUGCAGGACAACAAAUACAUAUUUGAUAUAGACUGUCUUCAGACCAUAAAAGGCCUGGAUGGGAGGAAGCAAAGGUCUGGCUCGGAAUUGCACAUGGCAUCUCUUCAAGACGAGCAUGACCCAGAGGCUUCUCAAGCCCCAGAGUAUUGCAUUGAUGCUGGUUCAGUUGGCAACAUUGCGAGGUUCAUAAAUCAUAGCUGCCAACCUAACCUUUUCAUCCAGUGUGUAUUGAGCUCACAUAGAGAUAUCAAGCUAGCAAAAAUCAUGCUUUUUGCAGCUGAUACUAUACCCCCUCUUCAGGAACUCUCAUAUGACUACGGGUAUUGUCUGGACAGUAUCAUUGGUGCAGAUGGCAAUGUUGUCAAGUUAGCAUGCCACUGUGGUGCCUCUGACUGUCGAAAGUGGCUCUAUUAG